CAACAGAUCAGGCACGUGUUGGUGUAUCUUGGUGAACUUGUCUUUUCAAUAUAUCUCUGGGUGAAAACAGAAUAACGAGUCCCCGUACCAGUAGGUCACUUGGAUUUAGUUAGCGCUGUAUUUAAGCGAAACGUCUCCAUGAAGCCAGGGGUCACAACGCAGAACGCCGAACCCGAGUCUGUCGCACCUGGUACCAAUGCAACCGGAGAGGAUGAAAAUAUGACUGAAUUGGACGAAGAAUCACUGCAGGAACUUUAUGCGUGGAUCGACGAAAUACCGCUUUCGAGGCCGAAACGAAACAUUACACGCGAUUUCGCCGAUGGAGUGAUGGCAGCAGAAAUAGUUAAACAUUUCAUUCCGAAGAUUGUAGAGAUCCACAAUUACACACCUGCUAAUUCUAUGCAGCAGAAGAUAAGUAAUUGGGGAACUCUCAACAGGAAAGUUUUUUCCAAACUUUCGUACAAUAUACCUGAACAGGUAGUGCGUGGCAUUUCAGCUUGUAAACCGGGAGUUGUUGAAGUGGUUUUAGAUCAACUCCGAAAGAAGGUUGAUAUGUAUUUAUUAACAAAAAAGAAACCAAUUGCUGGUGGUCAUCAUUUUGGAGUGUCCAGACCACUGCCUCAGAUUUCACCCGAUGGUUACAUGAAUGGUCAAGAGGUCGGUAGUUACAGACCAGGAAAUGACACCGAUAGGUCAGAUAGAUCAGACAGAUUUAAAGGUGCAGGUAGACCGCCCAGACACCAUGGUGGUGGUGGUGGUGGUGGUAAUACAAGCCACAGGGGUGUGCCAGUGAACCCUUCUUACAGCAAUGCUGACAAUACAGGAUACAAUACUGGGCAAAUACCAAGGACAAGGUCACUUCCACAUGUCAACGAAUCACAAUUAAGUCCUGAAAUAAGACUUCUAUUAGAAGAAAAAGAACAAGCAUUAUUAGCCUCACAGGAAACAGUACAGAUUCUCCAGGCAAAGGUUAGAAGACUUGAACAUUUGCUGCAUUUAAAAGACAUUAGAAUAGAAGAUAUAUCUAAGAAAUUAUAUCAACGAGAUGGGCACGGAUAUGUCUCGUAAUUAGGAG